AUGAGCAACGACGCCCGCCAAAUUUCUGGGGGCACCAGCAAAGCGAAGCGACGAUUGAUCGAUGCCAACGAAGAUAGCAGACAGAAUCCUGCCCAGGAUGACUAUGCUUCCAAUCCCAAAAGACAACGUGUCUCUCGUGCUUGCGAUAGCUGUCGGUCGAAGAAGGACAAAUGUGAUGGCGUUCAACCAGUGUGCUCGACUUGCGCGUCGCUCUGCAGACCCUGCACGUACAAGGCCAAUCCCAAGAAAAGAGGACUACCAACCGGAUACAUCCGCACCCUCGAGAUAUUAUGGGGUCUCGUAUUCACCAAGAUACAGGGUAGCGAGGAGGUGGUUCGUGCCCUGUUGAGGGCAGCAAAUAUGCCAAGUCAUUUGGCCGCCAUGGGCAAGGAAGCUGAAGGAUCCGAUACACUACUAUCCGCGUGGAAGAGCAGCAUCGUUCUUAAGGACAUCGAGAGGUUGUUGGUGUCUUUAGAGCAACCGGAUGAUGACCAGGACAAAGGGAGUCGACCACUAGCAGACAACUAUUUCCCACCCGAUGCCGAAGGCAGCAGUAUGCUUUCUUCAGAUGCUCUCGAGUGGCAGAUCCCGGAUGAUUUCACAGAGGGAGGAGAUAAUCCAGGGCUGUCCCCGGCCAAAACUCCUACGACUUCUAGAAACAGUGCAACGCGCGUUACUCGCGACUCUACUACCCAGACCUCCUCUCCCACGGAAGUACCCAGUCUCUCACUUGCGCGUCCAUUGGCACAACCUCCACCGGAUUCCCAUUCUGUUAGCCGACCUCGACCAAAACCCUCCCUUCAACUCCCCUCGAAUGCGUGGCAUCUGCUUGAUAUCUACUUUUCCUACACACAGUGCUGGUUUCCUAUUCUAGAAAAACAUAGCAUACUUCGUACAGCCUUUCUCUACUCCGAAAGCGACAGCCCUAUUUCAAUAUCACCUGCAGGAUCUGGGGAUCAUGCAGCGCUUUGCGCGGUUCUUGCUCUUGCAUCCAUCCAGGAAGCGUCCAUUUCUGCCACUCGACAACUGCCAAAGGCUGCUGGUGAGCAGCCAGAUCCUAACCAAUUGUAUAUGACGGCUAGGAGCCUCAUCCCCGGAGAGAAUGGUGUGCAUGAAAUCGGUCAUGCUCAAGCAUUGCUGAUUUUAUCUCUUGUCAAACUGGGCCAGCAAGACUGGGCGGCAGCGUGGAUACUCGUGGGUCAGGCUAUACGCAUAUCCCAAUGUCUAGGAUUGGAUCAUCCGCCUUACUUGGCCACGGAUGCAGCAGAUGAAGCUCCAGCCACACGGUCCAAACACGUAAUUUUGGGCUGUUUUGUAUUGGAGACUUUGGUAGCCCUGCAGACAGGCCAGGUGCCUUCACUUCGUAGGAGUGACUUGGCAACUAUUGGCCCGAUCAAUGAAGAUGGGUUGGAAGAAUGGCAUCCUUGGGAAGAUCAGACAGGCCUUCGUCCGGUAGCCCUGACACGUGGAGCCUUCUAUCGAGGCCCUCUCCAUGCGUUGAGCACAUUCAACCGACUAAUCUCUUUGAUGUGUAUUCUAAAUGACCUGUGCUGCUUGAAACAAUCUCCCGUCGAUCCUGUUUCGCAUCUGGAGGGAUUGGAGCGACACCUGCAACUUUGGGUUUCCGCUCUUCCUAAAAGCUACCGUGUCGAUCUACAGAGGAAUUCGGAGCGACCAGCGUCACCACACAUCUUCUGUCUUGAAAUGAUGUAUGAAGGUGUCAUCACCAGUUUGAGCCUUCGUGUUACCAUUCAUGGAGGCGAUGGUAAUAUACGGUCAGUAUACAGAAAGCGCGCCACAGAUAGCUCGCAGAGGCUCCUUAUGCUGUUGCAGGCGUACAUGGAGAGCUACAGUCUUUCCGCAACCUGUCCUACUUUUGGAGUACUCCUCACGUCUGGCGUUCUCCGGGUAUGUACAAACAAUCAUUCUGCCUCAUUCGAUCUUGAGGCCGGUCUCAAGCAUAAACUACGCUCUUUUGCGUCCCAUCUCUCCACCGUGUGGGAAACGCAAGGCAAAACAACUGCAGACCAUGGCCUGCCCGAGAGAUCUCCAGAUGCAGGAGUGCAAGGACUACCUGAACCCCAUCGACAAGGAGCUUUGCCCACCGUGGACGCAGUUGCUCCGAGUACGCCCCAGCAUGCCAUACCCGGCUCUGAAAGCGCUGCAUAUCGAGCAAGUCUACUAACUGGGACCCGUGUCGGUCUGUCUGGGUCAGAUCCGUUCCUUUCAAAUCCCUGGAUGAGAACACCUUCCAACAUCGGAGACAGCGUCGCUUUGUCCCUGCCAACGCCAGCACCUUCAUUACAUGUAAACCAGACAGCAAAACCCUCAAGAACAGACCCUCAACUUAACGACACCGAAUCCCACAGGCCACGGACCUCCAUUUCAUCCUCCGCGAAAACAAUGAACGGAAGAACUAUGUUGUCCGACGUGACAUCCCCCUUCCCAACGAGCGCGCCUCAGUAUCCCCCAUCGUACGGCGAGCCGAAUCUCAACAUUGAUUCUUUGGCUGAUAUGGAUGGAUACGUGUCUCUGCGACGACCCCGGAUUGCUCCGGAUCUUGAUUCCUUGUUUGACGAGUUAGCGUCACUUGAUGGCACUGAGAAGACUGACAAUCUACCUGAAUUUAUGCAAAACCUCGGGUUUGCCCCUGAUGCAGGAGUUCCAGAGCUUUACUCGUACUCGAAUCAAGUGGAACCUUUUCUCCUCGCCCAAACGCAGCCACUCCGGGCCCUACGAGAGGAAUCACAGCCAGUCAACGAGAUGCAUUCAAACGCGAAAGAGAAGAACGGGUUCGAUGACGAUCAUUUUACUAGCUCUUAUGUUAUCUAG